CCACAGGUGCUUAUCGUGGAUUGACAGUCGAUUAGUUACGCUCCACCACUUUGGUCUCCUUGGACAUAAGCCAUAGCAAGAUGUCCCUCUCGAAGCCACUUUUUUCGCUCUUUGGCACUUAUCUGGAACAACUUUUCAAUCAUCCGGUUCGCACGAAGUCCAUAACGGCGUGUAUUUUGGCCACCUCGGCCAAUGUGACCUCGCAGCGUCUGGCCGGAGCCAAGAAAUUGAACCAGAACAGCGCCUUCGCGUAUGGACUGUUUGGCCUGCUCUUCGGUGGAAGUGUCCCCCACUACUUCUACCAGACCGUGGAGCGUCUCUUCAGUCAUGACUUGCGCUUCAGGAAGUUCUUUUUGUUCUUGUCUGAACGACUAGUCUACGCCCCCAUCUACCAGGCGCUUUCGCUCUACUUCUUGACACUGUUCGAGGGCAACUCCCACGGCACCGCUGUUAAGAGUGUCGAAAAACUGUAUUUGCCCCUGCUGAAGGCCAACUGGCAGUACUUGUCCUUGUUUGUGUACCUGAACUUUGCCUAUGUGCCGCCCAUGUUCCGUUCCAUUAGUAUGGCCAUAAUUUCCUUCAUUUGGGUAGUUUACAUUGCCAAGAAGCGUCGUCGCUUCGCGAAUAAGCAGGCUGCUGACAAGUCGAAAUAAACAUUCCAGUGGGGACCCCAAGACUUUUCAACUAUA